AUGAAACGAGUGUACAGACUUGAAAGAAGUGAAAGAGAAGCGAAGAAAGAAUGUGUGAAGAGACUGAUCAACAGUGAAUUACUCCUACCGAGCUCUCCCAUCAGCACGUUGUGGCCUUUAUAUACAUGUGCGCUGCAGGAAGCUUUGAAAAUCGUACGUGAAUGCCUUAGUACCAAGGCUUGGUGUUGGCCUGGAUGCACGAAUCCCGACAUUUGA